GUAGUUAGCCAGCGUCAGACUCUGCGCUAGCUGGCAAGAGACCACGAGUAACAGCUAAACUAAACCCAGCCCAUCAAUUAGUGGUACUGCGCAUGCGUUUACUUACGCGUGCGCGUCACAAUACGCCGAGGGUUUGCACUUCAGUGCUUUUCAUUGGGUCUGUCUGUCCGUCUGUUUGUCUGUUUGUCUGUUACUCUACAUCUCACUCCUCGAACGUCUGUUCGUCCCAGAAACGAUACCCUCUACCCAACGGGCGACGAAGGUCAGAAAAUAAAGGCGGUUUUCCCUGAAACUGCUCCGUUGCAAAGCUAGAGCGCGAAAAAGCCAAUAUGCAAAUAUACAACGGACGGGAGGGCUUACCA